UAUUAAAACCAUGUGACAAAAUGUCCAUAGAAUAAUACAUACAUGCACUUAAAUUAAGAAGUGAACAUGUGUCAAACUUGAAUAAGAAUGCAAUUUGCGAUGUUUGAAAAUUUUGAAGCACACGUUUGUUACUUUACCUAACUUUAAACUACUCCAAGUAACGUAUGUUGUCUAAUCUAAUCCAAUUAAUUACUUUUUCCAUUAUUCAAACAAGUCAAAGCUGCCCAAUCAAUGAAAAGUCAAACUAAAAACAAGCCGACCUCAAAAUUCCUUUAUAAAUACUCUUUUAACGUGUCUCAACUUACAUCAUAAAUCAUACCCAUAAAAAUAACAUCCCCAAAAAAAAAAAAAAAAAAAGUUAUCACCCCAAAAACAAAUACAUUCACAUAAUCACAAAAAUGGCUAUUAAGAGAAGUAGAGAAGAGAUAGAGCUAGAGAGGACCAUAGCAAUGGCUAACUACUUAAUCCUCCUAUCCCGACCUCAGAACACGGUCUCACUCGAGCCGAGUACCGGUGGCCGGAUUUACGAGUGCAAGACGUGUAACCGGCAAUUCCCGUCCUUCCAAGCAUUGGGUGGACACCGGGCUAGCCACAAGAAACCUAGGCUACUAAAUAAUGAAGGUGAACAACAUCAAAGCGACGUAAGAAAGGCGAAAAUACAUGAAUGCUCAAUAUGUGGGUUGGAAUUUCCCAUUGGACAAGCGUUGGGAGGUCACAUGAGACGUCAUAGAGCUGCCCUUGCUAGAUCACAACAUCAACUUACUUUUAAAGACUCUCCUACGCUUUCGCUUUCGCUUUCGCUUAAUGGUUCUUCAUCACACGAUGUUUUGGAGUUAUCUGGUGUGAGCAAGAGCAAGAGUAGUAGUGAGGAUCAUGAUCAGAGAAGAGUUAUUUGCUUAGAUUUGAAUUUGACUCCAUUGGAGAAUGGUUUGUUAGAGUUUGGAACGUUUGUUCCUGUUGUUUGUUGAUUUUUUUAUUUUUUAUUUUUUUACUUUUGAAUAUCUUAGGUUGACAUUCGUUUUAUCUUUGUAAAGUAGUUUAAUAUUCUUUCAUUAAUUUGUUAUAUAUGUGUAUAUAGUGCUAUACUAUGUACUUGAUCUAAAUUAAUACAUCUUCUUUGUUCUUUUAAUAUUGCAUCCUUGUCUUUUAAGAAAGUCUCAUAAAUAUUGAAUUAUACACAUUUUCAAAAAACUGAUUUGAUUAUCAAGAUAUUAUUGUUUACAAUGUACAUAUCCAAUACAUCCUUACUUGUUAACAUUUAUUUUUAUUUUUUAGUUUAUGGCUUUAUGCUUAUGAUCACGGGCAAUUUUAUAUUUUCUUUACUUUGAUGCAUUGUUAAUAGAACAGAGAAAAUAGAUGAUAUUAGAUUGUCUGAAUGCAUAUGGCAUGCUCAUUUGCACGGAUAAUGAGAAUAUGUAGAUCUCUGGAUCUCGGAAAUUGGGAGAAAAGCUCUAACCAAUGUAAUUGAGCUAUAUAUACAUAUAAUUA